CAUGCGCGCGUGCGCACAUCCGGAGAGAUUAUCCAAUCACAUAAAAAACGCGAUGAGAAUGAUGAGAACUUCGCAUUAGAGGUUGAUAAAUGAUAAUUAUACACGCGCGCGUCGAUUUUGUGCGUAUUACUUUGUGUAAAUCCACCUGGACAGACCUUGACACUUAUGCCGAUAAAAGAGGAGAUAGAAGGGGAAAGAAAGACGAAGAAAGAAAAUAUUGACACAUAUAUGUGUACGAUGUAAUAAGAUGUGAUUUAAUAGUCAUUUAAACGUCAUUUAAACAAAAACUUCCGGACUUGGAUAAACAUCUGUCUAUGCUCUAGAAAAUACGAUGUGCAAGAGCUAAGUACAUUUAUUUAUUCCUUCGACCAUCACUUUCGAAUUGCACUGUAAGUCAUGAUACCUAUGCCUGAGAUGUUCGACGAGAACGUUUGAGAAUUGCUUCGAAAAACUUUGAACGCUCCAUCACGGAAAUGACAGAGACACAGAGUGAUUGCAUAUACAAUUCGAUAAUCAUGUAUUACGAAGAACGGGCUAAGAAAUGCCAGACAUUUCUACGUCACCCCAACGUUCGUACAUGUAUCCUCAAAUUUAAGGAGCAGCUUGCCCACAAUCCAUUUCUGCAAGUGGCUACCUUCAUCGCAAUAGCGUCGCUGUUGACACCCGUCCUCUUGUUUAUCAUGUUCGCUAUUAUCAGUGGUGUAUUUAUAUUUAUUGGUUUCAUGAUGGUUCAAGUGACAGUAUUGGCUAUUGGCGCAAGUAUUUUAAGUUGUGUACUUUUCUGCAUCGCAAGCACUAUUGUAAUGGUAGGAUUAUUUAUCCUUUUCGUCUAUUACACGUUAUAUUAUACAAACCACGCGUUCAAUCUUUUGAUAUGUACUAAAACCUGAGUUGUGUAUAAAGACUUACAUUUCUAAUAAGUAUAAAAAAGAAUAAGAAUAUAAAUAACACUUAAAUAGAACAAAAAAAUGUUUUUUAAUGUUUGCCAUAAAUUAAAGAUAUAUUUAGUGUAAUGUGCAAGACCAUAUCCAAAUAUGGAGGUAUUAUA